GCUACAGUACUUGAGUUGUCAUCUCAUUUUGACACUGUCUGUACUGACUGGAGCAAAAAGUGCUGAUGACUAUUACAUAAGACAGUCAAGAUGCAUCUACAGCUCUCCCGAUUUCAGUGACAUGGUGUAUAUUGACAGCUUUUAUUUAAAUCAAUUUCUAUUCACACAGUUCAACAGUACUUUGAGGAAGUUUGUGGGGUUUAGCGAGAUCGGAAUGAGAGUUGCAGAGGGAUGGAAUAAUAGCCCCUUUUUGCUAAGCGAGAGAAUAUGUACACAUACAUGCAUUGGACUGCAUAUUUAUAAUGUUGCUCUCUUUGAUUCAGUGAAACCAAAGGUUAAGCUCAGUUCAGUGACACAGGCUGGUGGCAGACAUCCAGCUGUGUUGAUGUGCAGCGCAUAUGAAUUUUAUCCUCCGCGCAUCAAAGUUUCCUGGCUGAGAGAUGGUAAACCAGUGACCUCUGAAGUGACCUCCACUAUGGAGAUGGCUGAUGGUGACUGGUAUUACCAAAUUCACUCUGAGCUGGAGUACACCCCCAAAUCUGGAGAGAAGGUCUCCUGUAUGGUUGAGCAUGCUAGCUUCAAUAAACCCAUGUUCUAUGACUGGGAUCCGUCUCUCCUUGAGUAUGAGAGGAAUAAAGUUGCUAUUGGAGCCUCUGGUCUGGUGCUGGGAAUCAUCAUCACAGCUACUGGACUCAUUUACUUCAAGAAGAAAUCAAUAG